AUGCUCAGCAGCGUGCAGCUGGCAGUGGCUUUGCCUACCUUCCUGCUUGCUCUGGUAAUUAUUCGACUACUUUGGAAUGUUGUCUACAAUGUGUACUUUCACCCCCUCCGUGAUUAUCCAGGGCCGAAGCUCUUCGCCGCCACACAUAUUCCAUUCUCGAGAAUGAUCAUCAGCGGCAAGUCGCACAAAAGGCUCGCAGAACUGCAUAAACAGCACGGCCCUUUCGUUCGGCUCGGCCCGAAUACCAUUGACUGUGCCGACCCGCGCGCGUUCAAGGACCUGAUGGGCCACAGCAAAGGCGGUGGAGGGGUAGAGAACGGCAAAGACCCCAUCAACACGAGGAACAGGCCGCGCAGCAUCAUCAACUCCGGAAGAGAGGAUCAUGCUCGUAUACGUCGGGUCCUAUCGCACGGAUUCUCUGCCCAGAGCAUGGUGGAGCAGCAGCCCCUGAUCCAAAAGCAGAUCGACAUGUUGGUCCAGCGCCUCCACGAGCAUUGUGAGAAUGGAAGCAAGCCCUUAAACAUGGUGGCCUGGUACAACUACACGACGUUUGAUAUAAUCGGAGACCUGGCCCUUGGAGAGCCGUUUGGCUGCCUUGAAAGGUCUGACUAUCACCCCUGGGUUGCAUCGAUUUUCAAUGCUAUCCACGCGACUGUCUACAGAAACCAGUUUGGCCGCUACUGGAUCACGCAAUCAUUUGCGAGGAGGCUCAUUCCAAAAAGGCUGAAGGAAGGACUGGAGUUUCACGAUCAAACGAGUCAUGAGAAGAUUCAGAGGCGCAUGGCUCUCGGCGAGUCAAGGCCAGAUUUUGUCCAGUCCAUGAUGAUGAAGGAGGGCAGUUUGGCCAUGUCUGAAUUAGAGGUUGAAGAAACUGCGAAUACCCUCAUCAUUGCUGGUUCAGAGACCACAGCAUCUGUACUAUCAGGUGUCACGUUCUUCUUGACAACACACCCGGAUGCCAUGGCGAAACUGGUCGAAGAAGUCCGGACAUCAUUUAGCUCAGAGAAGGAAAUUGACGUCCUCAGCGUACAGAAACUCCGUUAUAUGCUCGCAGUCCUUGACGAGAGCAUGCGGCUCUACCCUGUUGUCCCUAUAGGUCUUACUCGUAUUGUUAAGCCGGGAGGGGACUACAUAUGCGGCAGAUUCGUACCGGGAGGUACCAGAGUAUUGGUAUCACAGUGGCCCAUGUACCACAACGAGAAGCACUUUGCGCAGCCAGAGUCCUUCAUCCCAGAGCGAUGGCUCGGAGAUGCACGGUUCACGGACGACUACAAGAGCGCCCUGCAGCCCUUCUCAGUUGGCCCCCGUAACUGCAUCGGACGCAACCUUGCGAUGUCGGAGAUGAGAGUGAUCCUAGCCAGAGUCAUCUGGAACUUUGACAUGGAAAUCGCAGAAGAUAGCAGAAACUGGACCGAACAAGAGCUGUUUGGGCUUUGGAAGAAAGGCCCUUUAAACGUGUACCUGACGCCUAGAAAGGAAGAGUGA